CUUAUCUUAUAUAUGUAAUAUUAUUAUUAUAAUUAUUAUUGUUGUAAAUAUUUUUUAAAGGAAAACAGUAAUACUUAUUUAGACAGAUUGCAAGUGUAGUUUAAAUGUCACGUGUCUCGCGUAAUACAUUGUUAUAUUGCUUUAAAUAAUAAUCAUUAAUCCUUAAAAAAGUGAUAAAAUGUGUCAAUAAUUAUGGUAUUUUUGUUUAAAUUUUUACGGUUAAGACAAUGUGCUUUUUUUCAAAAAUUUCCAUACGUGAGUACAUAUAUGUAUGUAUUUUCGAUGUUGUUUGGUUAAAAUCUUUACUGAAAAUAAAAUGAACAUCAGAGAAUCAAAUAUUGAUAAAUAUAUAAAUAGAUGGAAUAUAAGAUAGCAGGAUAGUACAUUAAGAUAUUUAUGUUCAAUUAAAAACAAAAGAAUAAGAGUUAUGAUGGAAAAUGCACCACCAUCCAGAGAUAAUCCCAUCAUCAUGAAAUUGAAUAAUUCUAUAUUUCAUUCUAUUUUUACACCGGAAUUAAAUGUUUUGUCAGAGUUGUUUCAAAAAUACAAUUAUCCAUUGAGAAUUGCAGGAGGUGCUGUACGUGACAUUCUCAUGGAUUUAAAGCCCACAGAUCUUGAUUUUGCUACUACUGCUACACCAGAACAAAUGAAAGAUUUAUUUACAAAGGAAGAAAUAAGAAUGAUAAAUGCAAAUGGUGAAAAACAUGGCACUAUUACCGCAAGAAUUAAUGACAAAGAAAACUUUGAAAUUACUACUCUGAGAAUUGAUGUUGUAACUGAUGGUCGACGUGCCGAAGUAGAAUAUACUACUGAUUGGAAAUUAGAUGCUAAUAGACGAGAUCUUACUAUUAAUUCAAUGUUUCUUGAUCUUACGGGCAAUAUAUAUGAUUAUUUUUAUGGUUACGAUGAUUUAAAAAAAAGAAGAAUUGUUUUUGUAGGUGAUCCUACAACCCGAAUACAAGAAGAUUAUCUUAGAAUCUUAAGGUUUUUCCGAUUCUAUGGUAGAAUUUCAAACAACCCCGAUGAGUUUGAUGAAAAUACUAUAAAAGCAAUAAAGGAAAAUAUUUCAGGGUUAGAAUUUAUUUCUGGUGAACGAAUAUGGUCUGAAUGGAAAAGAAUUUUAGAUGGAAGAUUUGGCGGAGAAUCAACAUUAAAAUUGAUAGAAUGUAAUGCUUCGUUAUAUAUAGGGCUACCAGAGAAACCAGAUAUAGAAAAUUUUAAGAAAGUUUAUUAUAAUGCAUUGAAUAAUUCACUUAAAUUACAUGCUAUAACUUUAAUUGCUUCAUUGUUAAAAAAUGAAGAAGAAGUAAUGCAUUUGCAUAGUAGAUUGAAGUUUUCUGCUUAUGAAAGAAAUUUAGCAUUAUUUUUGGUUCAACAUAGAGAACCAAAACCUUGUGAAAAACCAUUGAAACCGUAUCAGCUUUUAAUAUUAAAUUCAAAGCUAAAAAUGUCAGAUACAAAAGAAUAUGUAUGCGAAUUGUUAAAAUAUAGAGGAAUGGUAGAUUUCUAUAAUGAUAUUAAUAAGUGGACAGUUCCUAAAUUUCCAAUAAAUGGUCAUAUGGUAAAAUCUUAUGUAUCAAAUGGAAAAAUGGUUGGACCAGUUUUACAAAAAUUAAAAAUGUUAUGGUUUGACAGUGAUUACAAAAUGAGUUCAAAUGAACUUAUAAAACAUAUAGAACCAAUAGUACAAGAACUGAAUGAAAAUAAAAAAUAAAUUUUAAAAAAA